CCCUUUAGCAUACCCUUAUCCUCUCGUGAGUCAUCACGAGCACGUGAACCCCUCCUCUCUUUCUUCUUUUCCUUUGCUGCUUGUGCCUGUUCCCCUCUUCCGAGAUCUCGCCUGCUCCCAUGGCCGCCGCCACCCCCUGCACGGCACGGCCAUAGGGUUGGCGCCCCUCCUAUUCUGGUGCUCGUGCUCCCUUUCCUCCGCUGUCCGCAGCAGCUAGAUUUGGGCGCGAUAGAGGGGGUCUGCAUUGUGGAUCUGCAUCUGCAAUAGAGGAGAAGGAAAGGCCAUGAACUGCGAUUGGGCUGAUCUUGUUGCUGGGCUCGAUGGAGAGCCUGAGCAUAGUUUAGUGCCAGUAGAAGCACCUGGUAUAGUAGAUGAAGCUUUACCUCCUGCAGUAGAGUUGCCAGCACAAAUUGUUGAUUGGAAUGCACUUGAAAUAACUAAAAUAUAUGAUGAGUAUGAAGGAAGGUUGGGAAUCAUCGAGGAUGACCAUGUGUUUCGACUUUUGGGUUUGAGAGAUGAGGAAGAAAAGGCCGAGAAGCCUAGAAAAGAUGCAGGAGUAGGUGGUAUGCCUGCUGAGACACCUGCUGAUAAAGCAUAUUGCCAUCUUGGAGUUGAUACUGCUGGGGCAUCCCUACCCGUUGAUGAUUUCAUACCAUGGGAGAAGGAGAUAGUGUAUGAUGCAGACAAGCCAUGCAUGAAUAUUGGGUCUGUAUACCCCAGCAUGAAAGAGUUCAGAUUGGCUAUGAGACAAUUUGACAUCAAUGAGGAGUUUGAGCUUGCCAUUAAGAAAACUGACCGAACUAGAUACAUUGCUAAUUGUAAUGCAGAUGAUUGCCCUUGGCACAUUGUUGGUAGAACGCAACCUGAUGGAAGAACUGUUAUGGUCACAGUAUUGAUUGCCCUGCACAAGUGUAUGUCCAGUAGUAGGAGGAAGACUACUACAGCAACAAGUGCCUGGGUUGCUUCAAAGGCUGUUCAUAUCCUUAGAAAGAAGGCAAUGGGCACUAAAGAGUUGCAGCUGAGGUUGCAAGAUGACCACAAGUGCACAAUUCAUUAUGAUACAGUGUGGAAGGGAAGACAAAAGGCUCUUGUAGAAGUGUAUGGUAGCUGGGAAGAUAGUUUUCAGCAGCUAUUCAAUUAUUCAAUUGGAAGGAAGAGGUCAUGA